AUGGUAACUUAUUCUUACUGUAUUGUUGCAUUACUUCUAAUAUUACCUUUAAACUGCAACGGAGCAAAUACAACGAGUAUAUUCGAUAUACGAGACGAAAAAUAUAUGACUGCAAAGUAUACUGUAGUUUUACUGUUUCCUGUAUUCUUGUUAUACGGUAUCAUUAGCAAUAUACUAAUGGCUAUCGUAUGCUUCAGUCGAGGCAAUCUUUACGGUCGUGCAUUUAUUCUUAUCACACUUCAAAUUAUUAUUUGUAAUUUGAUAAGCUUUAUUCCACAUAUGAUUGUUCUUUUGCCAGAAAUAUUACUGACUAAGAACAGUUUAUACAGUUCCAAAAUAUGGAUUAACCGUGUGUUCUCGACGAUCAAUACAUCUUCAUUUUACGCCGUAUUACAUUUUGCAUUUUUAUGGACGCUAAAUCGCUUCCUGUCUAUUAUUUUCCCGAAAUUCAAUGUACUAUUCGAAUCAACAAAGCUGUAUUUUCUAAUCAUUUUCGUAUGGUUAACAGUUUUUGCAAUUUCAUUUCUGGAUUUUAAUUACUGUUCUAGAAGUUUUGAAGUUUCAACCUUACUCUGGACAGAAAACUGUACAAGACAGUCAAAUAAUGGUGGUAAACUUUUUUUAAGUUUUCGUCAUAUUUGGGUGAUUUUUUUGUCAAUUUCAAUGCUCGUUAUGUAUUUUGCAAUUCUUUGCAAUAUACGACAUCGUCGAACUUUAGUUAUUAACGACUCACGAACAAUGAAUACAAGGCAUGGUACGAGUAGGCUAGAAACUGCCAAAUACGAACGAUCGGUGUUAAUUCAAGCAGCACUGACCUGUGGUGUAUUCAUAAUUGGAAUCAUAUUAAUCAAUUUUCUACCAAAACUUCUGCUAAAAAUUUUCGGUCAAGAAAUCAUAAUUCCAGUGAAUAUUUUCAUCAAUUCAUUUCUGAUUUUAGGUCGUACUGUAUUGCCUAUGACCCUUUUUGCGACUAAUAAACAUGCCCGUAAGCAACUCUAUUUACUUCUGAAGAUUAGUAAGGUAGAAUGA